AGUCGACUUGACAUACACAGACGAUAAAUAGUUCUCGGAAAGUUCUCUCCGAAGACAAAGUGAUUAUAAAGUGCAUAAACCAUUUUAAAGUUAGAUAAAGAAGAACAAAAGUGUGAUAACGAGAAUUAUCUACCGUAAAGUCUACGCAAUAAGAGUAAAUAACAGCUAAGAGAUAAAUAUUAAAAUGGUGCCAAGUUUAUACAUGUAACUUUUAUAUACUUAUGUGCAUCCUGUUCUACUGAGCUUUAUGUUAUUUAUUAUAAAAAAAAUCAGUGAGAUUUCUGUCGCUCUCAUCGAAAUGACGAGCAUCAGUGCUAAGAUUUUAGACGUGUUCCGCAACUUGAGGUCGGAUGCGACACCAAGAGCCCCGAGACCCGAACAGCACAACACAACUAAUGACGUCAUUGAGGAUAAUAAUUAUAACAAUGAAAAUGUAGAUACUUCCAACGACCAAGAGGAAGAAGAAGUGAUAAUCAUUGAACCAGAUGAUGAUUGUAAAAAGGACAAGAAACCCAAAAAUAAAAAAAGUUUCUUCAGUGCUGGCAAGAAAAAAAAUUUUUCAUGCCCAGACAAGGGUAAAGAACACAUUAGUCCUGUUGCAAACCGUGUUAAUACACAAGCUACUGGAAAUGUAAUUAAUAUUGUAGAUUCAAAAAAUGUCACUUGUGGUGAUAAAUUUGUGUACUACCUGGGGCCCACGAAUGGCAGGAACAACAUGCCAACAGAUAUCCCCAAUGAGGAAUACAUUGAGAAAACAAAUCUUAUAACUCUUCUUAUGGAAGCUAAGAUUACGCCUGAACAUGAGUACAUUGACUACAUUUCGAAGAAUCUUGGUAGAAACUGGCAUAGCUUCUUUCGACGGCUUGGCUACACGAAGGGGCGAAUUGAAACAUUUGAAAUAGAUGAAGCUAGAAAUGGAGUAUCAGAGGCACGCUACAAACUGUUAUUGGACUGGGUCCGGAAUGAUGAUGAUGGCACACUGGGGCUGCUCGCCACACAUUUAUGGGAAGAGGGAGAAAGACACAUUGUCAAAGAAUUAUCAGUUAUUUAUAAGAAGAACAAGGAAUAAUAUUUAAACAAAUAAUAUUAGGUAUAUUUUUGUAUUAAUUGUAUACAUUACAAAUACCUUGAAACUUAGAUUUUUGGCAAAUUAUUUUUGUACUUAGUAUCUACUGGUUUGGCUAAGAAUACAGCGAGGAUUCAACAAAAUGUAUUUUUAUUAAGUGCUAUUAUUCUUGUAUUGAGUACCUACUUACAGUUAUUGUAUUUUUAGCUGAUUAUAUUUUAUUCUUUUGA